AGUGUCAUUUAGGUAUCUUCUUCAAUGGCCAACAAGAUUCUCAAUGAGAACAUUGUGGAGCAACUCAGACAUGGAAUUGCCAAGUUUGAGCUAGUUUCUUCCCCCGUUUCUUUUAUUUCAGCCCCAGGCGUCUCUCACUCAUUGUCCACAACUUUCCCGGCUGAUAAAAGCCAUCGAUUCUUUGCUAGAAUUGAACAAUCUUUAGGACGUGGGUCGCCAGCAACAAAGAAAGUUGCGCAGUAUUCUGUUCAUAGGGUUACUGGGGAUGGCCGCUGCCUAUUUCGAGCACUGGUCAAAGGGAUGGCAUUCAACAAGGGUAUUAAUUUAAGCCCCCACAAAGAGAGAGAUGAUGCAGAUGAAUUACGAAUGGCUGUCAAAGAAGUUUUAUGUGACAAUGCUAAAGACCGGCAGCAGUAUGAAGAGGCCUUGGUUGCAAUUACAGUUGAAAAAUCUUUGAAACUUUACUGCCAAUGCAUUCAGCGACCUGAUUUUUUGGGAGGAAAAUCAGAGCUACUGGUGCUUUCAAGAUUGUGUGGUCAGCCAAUAGUUGUUUAUAUCCCAGAGCACGAGCAUAGAAAGGGUGGUGGGGCUCAGGUUUCAUUCCCAUUGCGGAAUAUGGAUCUGAGUUCCGCAAGGGCUUCGGAAAUGGAAAACCCAAGAAAGUCAUAAGGCUCCUUUUCAGUGGUAGAAACCUUUACGACUUGCUCGUCUGAGAGUAUUGUCUAGAUUAAAACACUGAAUUUUACCAAUAUGAAGGCCCGUUUUUUUAUCAUUGGUGGUGGUUUUUCCCCCCUAGGAUCAUAUAAGUUACCAAUGGAUUUUGCCAGUUGAUUCUCUGACAUCUCUUACUCGAGUAAGAUAUGUUUGAACAUU